AUGGAGGUAGCUUCGGACCAUGCAUUCGCACUAUCCGCCUCUCAUUGUGAAGCGCAUGCGAGCCUACCCCAGGGCACCCAGUCUUCUCAGAACCAAGGCUCUGUGAGCUGGUACUUGAAUCCGGGAACUAAGAAGCGAAAGAUAGGAACUGCCAAGAAGUUAGCACAACCCGAGCUGCCAGAGGAGAACAAAGUAUGGGUGGUCGAGGUGAGAAAAGAAUGGCUGUCAAGCUUGGGCUUCAAACUUUGGGAGCUACAAUCCACCUCUCUGCCAAAGGACGGAGCUUGCAAGGGGAAGUAUUGGUACAGCAAUCUGGAAGUGAAACCAGAUGAAUUGGGCCCGGAUGAAUUGAUGCCAGUAGGUGACCAAAGAUUCACACCGUGGCAUCGGUCAUACACCAGCGUCAAGCUUCAAAGAAAUGAAAAUGCGUUCUGGAUUCGAGUGCAAGUCCGAACAGGGAACAAGUGCGUCAAGAAGAAGAUGGUUGUACAAAGUAGUCCAUCGACUAUUCAAAGUCUGAAUAAUGCUGUGGAUGACGAUACCUCAAGCAAUCGCCAGACACCUCUCAGGCAAGACCAGACUUCGGAGGCGAACCUGAUAAAAGAUCACGCGUUUGCUGGCAAUUUGCAAUCUGGAAAUGACCUUGGAGGAAACAGAGAUGAUGCGAUGGGCAAGUUUGUUUCUGCUGCAGGCACGACAGAUACUGACUUCCGUGACCUGGGAGGUGGUCAGACUGUUUUUCAGCUGCAUGGGCAAGAGACUCUGCUGAUAAAGGCGAGCGUUAUGUUUGGGCAAGAUGACAGGGUUUCGCUGGAUUCAGCAGAUCAGCAUGGACUCGUCUUUUCCAUCGCAGAGGCGCGUGGGGCAGGGGUGCGGCUGAUACUGACUGAAGAUCUUAUGGGAACGAGAGAUGCUGGGCUAGAGCCGGGAGGGAAGCUGGUGAAUCUCUCGAUGAAGGAAGAAGAGUUUUCUCUACUUGAGAAGACAGUGGGCCACAUGCGCGAGAACAGAAAGAGGAUACUUGAGCACUGCCGCUCGGUUGCGGGAACGAAGCAGGGCAAGAUGUCAAACUUCUGCUCUGUAUGUGGGAAGCGGGGAAUGAUGAAAUCCGAGUUAGCAUGA